AUGGAUUUCACAGCUUAUCUUCUUUUUCUCUUUUUCUUUACAUUGGCUGUGAUGUGGCCAUCAUGUGGAAAUUUAGUUCUUGAUUAUAUUGUUUUCUUUUGGGCGGUAUCGAUUGCAGUCGAAAAUAUUCGUAUUACGUAUUUAAAGUACUGUGAUCAUCGUGAUCGACCAAUGACGGGUGUUUUAUUAGGAAUAGGUAUAGAAGUGAUUUUUCUAGUACUUUUUCUCUUCAUUAGAAUUAUUGGUUUGUGGACUUUUGGCACACGUCAUAUCGCCAUUGCAAAGGCGAUUUUAAGUUUUGGAUUGAUUUAUUAUUUCUAUCGCGUCUUAUAUAUUUAUUUUCCAAUCAGUUCGAAAUUUGGUCCAAUGAUGAUUCGACUUCAAUAUAUGAUCUGUGAUGAUUUCGUCACAUUUCUUCGAUUAUUUGUUAUUUUUAUGAUAUCAUCUGGUGUGGCUAUUACUGCUGUUCUAUAUCCUCAUCAUCCACUCAAUUGGGAUCUUUUUAGUAAAGCAAUUCUUUUUCGUGGUCUAAUGGCUUUAUUUACGAGUGAAAUGUCGGAUUUGAAAACAUCUGAUGGAACUUGUUCGAUUAAUAGAACGACUGGAGACCAUCAAAUGUCUGCUUGUUCAGCUUUGAGUCGUUCAUAUCGAUAUGAUAGUAUCUCAACCUAUAGACAAUAUGGAAUAUCAACACCAUUCUGUCGUCAAACAUCAUGGAUUGCUUGGUUAUUACUAAUUCAAUAUUUCUUUUUAGCUAAACGUCUUCUCAUAUCUCUUUUAACAGCAUUAUUCAGUGUAACAGGCGCACGAAUUCAACGACAAUCGGAACAAAUUUGGUGUUAUAAUCAAUAUGCCAUUCUUGUAGAAUAUCAAAAUCGACUACGUCUACCCCCUCCGUUCGUUAUCUUCUCAUAUAUUAUCGAAUCAAUGAUGAUUAUUUGUCGUCAAUGUAAACGAUGUUUUGAAAAGAGAUGCACCACAAAUCAAGCAACUGCCCCAGCUACCACAAGGAAUGUUAGAUAUGUGACUGUUCCCAUGCAGUCACCUACUGGUACAACUGAUGAUGCACACUCGAAUGAGAAACAAUCGAAUACUAUUUCAUCAAACAGCGAAACGAUUGAAGACAAAGAUAGUGAGAGAAAAAAUGAAGCGAGUAUUUACUGGAAACACAAAGCCAAAGACUAUUUCCUCCAAAUUCAAGCAGCGGAAACCGCAAAAGAUCCAUCUAAAGGGUUAGUCAUUGGUCUUUCUUUAUCUGCGAAUGAUCAUUUGAAAUGCAAUAGUAUUGCCAAUGUACAAAAAGAUAUCGAAGUCCUACGAAGAGCGUUAUUACAAUCGAAAGAUCGUCUUGUUAGUUUGGAAGAGACAAUGAAUAAUUCCAAUGUUCUUCUCGAAAAAAUUUCUCCGAUAGUCUUUCGAGUUGAUCAAAAAUUUACAGAAAUUCCGACAAAAUUUCUUCAUAUCUAUUCGCGUCAAUCACCCUAUGUCUAUACGGAAAAUGCGCGAUCAUGGGUUGGAGAUAAGUUCGUUCCAUGGACGAUAAAUCCAUUCGUUCAAAGAAAUCCAUCUGGUCGUACAGGUGUUCAAGGUCGUGGUGCUCAUAUUCGUUGGGGAGCAAAUAAAUCUGUCAUAGUUAUCGUCACUCGUUGGAAGAAGGAUGAAAAGGAAUUUGUUGUUCUUCAAGGAAGACCCAUCCUUGAAACUAUCAUUUUCAUUGACGAGAAUACUAAAACUUGCAAAUUUGCAGAAGGUAAAAUCCUGGGCGAAGAAUCGCCAUACAAAGCUGUUUGCCAAAUGUUCAAUGAUCUUGCGUUUAAAGAUAAGAAUUGUGAAUGUAUUUUACCAUUCCGAAAAGAAAAUAUGAUUGAAUUCUUCGAGUCAUUUGCACGUUCCAAUGAAUUCGAAUCGCAUACUUUUUCUCGUGGUGAAUAUCGUCUUCUUUUCAUUUUCUCUUAUUCUAUUGAAACUUCACUCGUAGGAUAUAUCGAUGAUGUUCGAAAUACGGACAAUGCUUGGUUAGAAGCUGAAAUCUGGAAUUUUCAUUACGAUUCACAUGUGGCAUUUCCUUCUUUACGUGAUGACGGAACAGUCUUGUGGACAACUCUUGCUGAUAAUUUAAAUCGUGUUUCGAUUCAAACGUCCAUCUUACGGAGAAUUGCUCGAAUUCACGAUGCCUCCUUUGACUGA